AUGGCCACUGCAAAUGACUGUAAUAUGAAUAUCGCCUGUAUACUGAGUGUUUCGGCAUUGGGAUUCACAUUGCAUCAUGCAUGGAAAUUCGAUGGAUGUAGAUGUCUUCUACCCAAGAGAAAAGAGUGGUUCAGGGUGUUACUCACUUGGAUGUUGAUUGGCUCUACGGUGAUGAUCAUAGGUUGGGCAGUAGGAUGGACUCUGAUAAAGUACCAUUUGGGAUGGACGACUAUACCGCCCUACGGAGCUAUGCCAUUCCCUCCAGCAAUGUAUGAGCAAAAAUAUAGAGAUCUAAACUUACCUUAUACUAUCAUCUUCAACCUGGCAUUCUCCAUUCAGGCAUCUUUGAAUGCCGAAGAAGGCCUAUACUGGUAUCAUCUCAUCCGAGUUGUCCGACAACCUAAACCAUGCAGAUCAUGGUUGACAUCUUCCUUCUUCUACGCUUGGAUCGUUAUCUCCAUCAUCUGCACGGUCUGUCAAUCGGGUUUGGGGUGGAUCCAUUCAGGAGAAUUGGAUUUGGAUAUGCAGAUGUCGAGGAUCAUGACUGUACAUGGAUGUGUGGAAUUUGCAGUGGUACUGUCAUCUUCGGUUGUUAUAUGGAAGUUCCCAGCUUUCCUUGCAGAUGUAAAGGCUUCAGGUGCUGGACCAGAUGUCCGUUCAAGAUUACAUUUUUAUCAUGAAGCCAACAAGAUCCGAAAUUUCUUUCGAGCCGUAUUCGCCAUUUGUAUGAUGAUCCUCGGUAUUGACGGGUUGACAGAGACCAAGAGAAUCCAUCUCAACAAGAGCUGGACACCAGAUAACGAAACGUUCAGGAACCAAGUGAUGGUUGGCAAUCCCGAUGCGCAGAUGAGAGGUGCUAUCGAAGGUGGUAAUCUAGCGAGUGGGAUCGCAUUGAUGUCCUUGCUCCGAGAGGGAGGUCAAUGGGAUAACGAUGAUGAUCUGAGAGGAACCAACAGAUUAUCUAAAGUCAACGAGGGUCCAAAUCAACCUCAUUUCGGUCAUCUCGAAGUACCUCUACCUGAUUCAGGUGGUGGUGUCGAGUGGAGGAAUAACGCUUUGCAGAAAAAGGGAAGUUGGGAUUCUGAAAGUUCAGAGUUGGGUAUGCCCAUGGCUUUGGAGAAUUUCACUUCACCUAUCGCUGUCCACUCUGCAGAGUCUGUUACGCCGAGCGAGAUCAAGAUCCGUAUCGAACAAGAAGUGACGAGAGAUGACAUGGUGUGA